CGCCGUGAAUCUUCCCGCUCACACAGUGGAAAAGGAAACAACUCCGGCACAGACAACCUCAGUCAUAAUUUCUGUAAAGACUGCUUUAUUUCACUUUUUUGUUGUUACUCUACCUGCACAACCUGUUUCCAAAAUGCCUCGCAUUGAGAAUGACAUCAAGCUGGACUUCAAGGAUGUGCUCCUGCGUCCCAAGAGGAGCACACUCAAGUCUAGGAGCGAGGUGGACCUAAUGAGGAGCUUCUCUUUCAGGAACUCCAAGGGCAGCUACAGGGGGAUCCCCAUUAUCGCUGCAAACAUGGACACUGUGGGGACCUUUGAGAUGGCCCUGGCUUUGCACGAGUUCACUCUCUUCACUACGAUUCACAAACAUUACUCUGUGGAUGACUGGGUGGAGUUUGCAAAGAACCAUCCCAAAUGCCUGCAGAGUGUAGCAGUCAGCACAGGCACCGGUGACGGUGACUUUGACAGGAUUUCAGCCAUCUUGGCGGCGGUGCCAGAGCUCCAGUAUAUCUGUGUAGACGUGGCUAACGGCUACUCUGAACACUUUGUUCACUUUGUCAAAGACGUCAGGCAGAAGUUCCCCUCCCACACUAUAAUGGCAGGAAACGUGGUGACAGGAGAGAUGGUAGAAGAGCUGAUCCUGGCUGGCGCUGACAUCAUCAAAGUAGGCAUCGGACCAGGCUCUGUGUGCACCACCCGCAAGAAGACAGGGGUGGGGUACCCCCAGCUCAGCGCUGUGAUUGAGUGUGCAGAUGCAGCCCAUGGCUUGGGAGGCCACAUCAUCUCUGAUGGGGGAUGCACUUGCCCAGGAGAUGUCUCAAAGGCUUUUGGUGCUGGAGCAGACUUUGUGAUGCUGGGCGGUAUGCUUGCUGGCCACUCAGAAAGCGGGGGCGAGAUUAUUGAGAAAAACGGGAAGAAAUACAAGCUGUUCUACGGAAUGAGCUCCGACACUGCGAUGAAGAAACAUGCAGGAGGCGUGGCUGAGUACAGGGCGUCGGAGGGGAAGACAGUAGAAGUGCCUUACAAAGGUCCAGUGGAUGUGACAAUACGAGACAUCCUGGGCGGGGUCCGCUCCAGCUGUACCUAUGUUGGGGCAGGCAAACUGAAGGAGCUGAGCCGUAGGACCACCUUCAUCAGGGUCACCCAACAGCUCAACACCGUCUUUGGCAACGACAGCUGAUUGUCCAGCUGACUCAGAUCCAAGGAUAAGUCUACAAGCACUGCCUGUCUGACUCCCAAACACAAGUGAACAGACACAUAUAUUAAUACUUAAAUACUGCCCUUUUAGUAUCAUUAUUCGUUUUUACAGUUCUUUGACAUUUCAAUGCAUAUUUAGUAUGUUGACCUCAUUGACAUUAACAGAAAUGUUUUUCAGCGCACAGACUCUGAAUGUUACUUUUUUCCAUAUAAGCCACAAAGUGUUUCGGGGGCCAGUGUGUCUCUAGACAGUAAGAUGUAAGCUAGAGUAGGAAUUCCUCCGCCUUUUCAUGGUCUGCUGUCUCAUCAUUCCAAUGCAAGGUCCUUUCUGUGGCUGUCUAUAAACAGCAUAUAUAUCAACUGUGAGUGUUUGUCACCCACGUAUAAAGUUAUAGCAAAAGUCUUAAAUUAUUUAGAAAGCCUAAAUAUGUCAGCAGCAGCUGUUUAAUUAGGAAAUAUGCGGUUAAUUUUAGAAAUUCAAUCACUCAUUAAGUUUUGCACUUUAAUGAUUUGUAAUUUGAGAGUUGAUUAGUUUUUGCUAUUGUAAUUGUAAUGAAUACAUUACUAAACUACAGUGGCACGCAUUGUAUCCAGCACUUACUGCUACUUUUUAAAAUAGUAUGUGAAUUAGAUUUGGGAGAAUUAUUAUAUAUGGACCAAUACCGAAUGCUACAGUACUAGAGCAGAUCCAGUACAUAGUAAUGAAGUGCUGAAUUCAUAGCAGAGGUGUUCUUUAAUAUUAACAUAUGUGUAGCUGUUCUCUUGUCUAGCUGCUCCUGGCAAUACCAAAGUUCGUGUGGGUUUAUGUUAGAGAUGUGCACAUUCAAAGUAAUUUAUGAUUCAUUAUAGCCUUAAAAUUAAGUUGUCAAUCCUAGGAAGUAUUACAGCAUCAGUAUUUUUUAUGGUUUCACUUCAAACUGUAUCAAUGGUUACUGUUUCAAGCUGUUCUUACAUGAUUUGUUUUGUUUCAUUUUUUAGUGUCACAUUAGUAUGGAAAUGGCAAAAGGUAAAACUGAAAUGUGUUUUUUAAAUUCACUUUUUUUUCCACUUCACAUUUUAACCAGUCAAUAAAAACAUUCCACAUUUUAAA